AUGACAAGGCCAAUCACUGCGAAUCUUCUGAAGCCUCAUCUGGACCACCUCGAGUUCCAGCUGAGGCCUGGAAUGGUCAGUUUGACUUGGACCUCGAUGAACAUAGAUGGCUACUUGAAAUCUGUUUGGGAUUCCCUGGAUGAAUUGGAGCAGCUCAUCAAUGGGGUGAAUGACAUUAUGGACAGCCGGGCAGGGGAAGAUGAAGUGUCAGACGGCCUGUCGCUCGUCACCUCAAGGGCUGCAGAGCGAAGCGGCAGGCUGAAUAUCACUGGUCGAUAUCAUCGACCACCCAAAAAGUUUGAAGAUGACUACAGUAGCUUGGACAAGGUCUUGGGAACAGGCUACAACGGGGAGGUGAAAUUAGCGAGAUGCAUACAUACUGGCGACAAGUUCGCGGUGAAGGCCUUCAAGUUGCGUGGCGUGAGCAGGGACAAGAAAAAGGAGCUAGAAAGCGAAGCCGAGAUCUUCCUAGCCAUGGACCAUCCACACGUUGCAUCUUUGGUGGACGUCUAUGAGUCGGAUGAGCAGCUAUUCUUGGUCAUGGAAUGCAUGCAAGGUGGUGAGUUGUUUGAUCGUGUAGUAGAGCGGAAGCGCUUCUCAGAGAAGGAUGCCGCGAACGCUGUUUACCAGAUGCUGCUGGCGGUGAAUUAUAUCCACAGCCAUGACAUUGUCCAUCGCGACAUCAAGCUGGAGAACUUCCUCUAUGAAGCCAAGGACUCUGAUCACCUGAAACUGAUCGACUUUGGGUUCAGCAAGAUAUGGCAACCGAACACAACAAUGGCGGUGAGCUGCGGCACGUUGGCGUAUGUUGCACCCGAGGUACUCGACAAGUCCUACACUUCGCAAUGUGACCUUUGGAGCUUGGGAGUUGUUUCGUUCGUCCUCCUGUUCGGUUACAUGCCAUUCUCUGGAGCAGAAGCGAAACAGAUCCGUGACAUCAAGGAUGGCCACUUUACGAAGAAGCAGGCGAUAUGGAACAAGGUAUCCGCCGAAGCAAAGGACUUUGUCCAGAAACUCCUGGUGGUUGACCCUGACUUUCGACUAACGGCUUCGAAGGCAUUGAAUCAUCGAUGGCUUCAAACGCGGGAUCAGAGGGAGAAUGUCAUCGACCAAGCAAUGAUCGAAGACCUGUGCAACUUUGCCAAAGUUUCUGUUUUCCGUCGAGCCUGCCUGGGCGUGAUGGCAUGGUCGCUCAGCGUGGAAGAGCGAAGCAAGGUGCGGGAUGCCUUCCUGGAAAUUGACAAAGACCGGAGCGGGACCAUCACAAUCAACGAGUUCAAGCUGGCUGUGGAGAAAAACAUCCAGAUGGAUGAUGCAACUUUGGAGAGUGCCUUCAAAGCUUUGGAUGCCAACCACAAGGACGAAAUCAACUAUCGGGAAUUCCUGGCAGCUAUGGUGUCGUCAAGGAUAGCGCUCCACGAUGACCUUCUGAAGGUGGCAUUCCGUCGGUUUGAUACUGACAACUCCGGCUUCAUCACAGCAGAGAACCUCAAGGAUGUCCUGGGCGAAACGUUCGAGGGUAACGAGGUGAAAACACUGCUGAAAGAGGCUGAUUUGAAGCAUGAUGGAAAAAUCUCAUAUGAGGAGUGGAUCGAGUACUUACGUGGGGGCUAUGGCGAUGUCAAGCAACAUCACGCAGAUGCUGCUGCUCGGGUGAUUGACGUACACUUAGAGAAGGAGGAGCACGCAGGGCGAAAGAGAAGCAAGCCCCUGGCUAUCCGAACAAGUGUAGGCCAAUCGCCUCUCCUCAACAUACAGCCGGAAUCAAGGACUGCCGGUGUCGUAGAGGAGGACAUCAACCUCGCCACCUCGCGCGUGGAAGUGCCAUGCGCACAGGAGAAGAACUGGACCAGGUGCGAGUGGAACACCACGUUUGCUGUUCUGAUGGGUGCCGCGUCCAGUGAGCGAAGCACCCGGUUGCCAUCUGCAGAAGAGUGCAUAGCAGAGUUUGACAUCGACGCGGAUGGGCUGCUAUCCCUUAGCGAGCUUGGCAAUUGUUUGGACGUAGUUCUGAAGCGAAGUGGCUGCGGUGACGCCUGUAGCAAGGAGUUAUCUGGACAGAUCCUCGAAGAGUACUCGCUACGGGCAGAUGGAGCUCCAGCAGGUGCUGGUGCUUUGUUCCGGCUGCUUCAGGCUGCAUCCGACCGGGCAUCAGCACGAAGCCGCAGCCCCAUCCGGGAAAGGAGCCAUGAGAAUCCAGGCACUGAGAGCAAGGCAUCCUUCAACGCAUCAGCGAAGGAAGCACUGCUCCAGGCAGAAGCAGUUUCCUGGGCUGCUCCAAGCACGCUGGCAGCUAUUCCCGUGGCAUCGGAUGACGAAAUCCCCACCCUAGACUUUGCCAUCUGGCAGAAGGAGCCUCAAAGGGCUGUCAAGUUGCUUCGCGAUGCAUGUCAAAAGGUGGGCUUCUUUUUUCUUGUGGACCAUGGAGUCACGGAUGCCGUGCUGGAGGCCGGAGUGCGCCUUGUUGAGGACUUCGGUAACCUGCCCCAUGAGACCAAGCACAAAUAUCUCAUGGACCAGGGAACUUUUCCUGGCGGUACUGGUUACCUUCCGCUACAUAGUCGGAAGCUGCCAAAAAGACCGAAAGGCAAUGUGGUUGAGGCAUUCAUCGUCAAACGAGAGCACGGCCCCAGAAACAUCAAGUUGGACCACAUGCCAUGGCCGGACGAACUCGGCAAAACUUGGAGGGAAGAAGUGGAGAAGUAUGCAUCGAACAUGGAGCUGCUUGCGUCAAAGCUGCUGCCAUUGUUCUCCUUAGCUCUGGGAGAAUCGCAGUCCUACUUGGAUGCAGCUUUUGGCUCGCCGUUGUGGAGGCUGAGGCUAUCUCGAUAUCCUGCAUGCCCAGGCUACCAAGAUGGCCAGUACGGCAUUGCACCGCAUGUUGACACAUCCUUCUUCACCCUGCUGCAGCGCUCUGAGAUUGAGUCCAGCCUGGUUGUUUCUUGGCUUUGCACAGCAAAGGCAAAGAAGGUUGAUGCUAACCUGCGCCUGGUGUCGCGCGCCUUGUUGGCCGAACUUCCAGAGGAGUGGUCCGAGUUCCUUGGCAACCUUGGCUUGAGAGCCACGCUCGCACAUGGAUGUGUGGUAUGGAGCAAGUGCAUCAAUCCGGGGAGGCCAAUGGCUAGCCAGAACGAUGAUUGGCAUCAAGACGCAGUGACAGAGGCAGAGAUCGAAGGCAGCCAACUACCGCUCGCCUUCAUGAAGCAGCAGGAUUCGCACCUCAGCCCAACGUCAGAGCUUAGCUGGCUGCAUUAUGUGAGUCAGCUUCUGGUUGACGAUGUCAUGCAUAUGUUUCAUGACAUAGCAAGGUCAAUUGCAAGACACUCUGGGGCCUGGCCGGGCAUUCAGAAGAAGAUGGCGAAAUUUGACAUGGUCCAGCCGAUCGAUGGAGGCCUCUUAGCAGCCAGGCGGAACAAGAAGUCAAUCGUCCGCUGCCUGGUUGCUUUGAAGGAAAGCCCUGGUGGAUCUGCCGUCACGCUCCAGUACCAGGAGCCCACCCUACAGGCUCUGCCUGCCAGCAAGCUGGUGUUCCUUUCCCAGACCAUCUUUGUGUCGGUCAGCAAUGCAGCCAUCCAGGCCACACCCCACCAACGAGGAGAUGCAUCUACGCUCUCGCCGCUCCUGGCGUUCGCCCACUACCUUCCUCAUGCCUGGGCGAGAAAGUCUGGAUUCAUUUAUUGCCCCGAUGUGAAGGCAUCCUCCGGACAGGAUGUCUACGUCUUUGAAAGCGUGUUGCAGUCCGGUAUUGCCGGACCUGGUGACCUUGUGGCCUUCUUCAUCCACUGGUCCGACAAAGGUCUGCCGCAGGCAUCACAUCCGCUGAUGCGACUGAAGUGUGGUGUGGAUGGUCAAUACGCGCUGAGCGGCACUUUCAAGACGGGAUCGCAGGGGUAUGGCUUCAUUGAAUGCGAUGUUGUGAAGGGCUUCUUCGGUCGCGAUGUCUACGUGAACAAAGACUUGGCAUGCUCUUUUGUGCAUGGUGAAGCUGUUUGUUUCAAUGCUGUCUUGAACGCGAGCGGCAUGCCGAACGCUUCUUAUGUGGUCGUAUGUGAUUCAGAAUGGUCGCCCCCGCCACCGGAUCUGUCACUGCAGGUUGAGAUUGCUCCGGAUGAGGGCUGGGCUGCAGUGCACAGGAUGGCCUCUGUGGGGCCUCAGGACAGAGCCACGGGCAACAACUUCGUGAAUCAUGGUGCAAGGCUGGGACCGCCUCGUGACGGUGCUGUCGGGCCAAAGCCAAGCGGCAUAAUGGCAUCAGGAUUCAUCAAGUCAUUCAACGAGAGCAACAACUAUGGCUUCAUCGACUGCAAGGCGGUCAAAGACAUGUUCGGCUCCGAUACUUUCAUGCAUGGACGGGAAUUUUCUGGCCACUACGUCGGGGAGCAAGUGCGCUUCCAAGUUGGAAUUGGGCCGAAGGGGCAGCCACAGGCUAUACAGGUGCAGUCGAUGACAGACGCUGGAGGACAAGCGGUGCAGGAGUUGAUGCCGUCAGCGAAGCGUCGAAGAAUCGAGCCCGAGCCGCAGUUGGUGGCCUCAGGCAUUACCCCGCUACCAGCCGAUCCAAUGCAGGCUUCGAUGAUGUACACCGGGACGGUGACAAGUUUUUCUCCUGAGGAAGAAUACGGCAUCAUUGAUUGCAAGCUCGUCAGAGAACGAUUUGGGCAGGAUGUGUUUGUGGGGCUACAAGUACUGGCGCAGGGUCUGGCAGGUCCAGGAGACCACGUUGCUUUUAGCCUUUGCCCUUCACAAGAUCCUCAGCCUCAAGCUGCAAAUCUUCUUCGGCUGAAGUCAAGCGCCCCCGGCAACUUUGCUCUGAAGGGUGUCUUCAAGACAACCUUGAAUGGGCAUUGCUUCGUGGAGUGUGCAGAUGUCAGAAACAUCCUGGAUCGAGAUGUAUAUGUCGGAAGGGAGAUAGCUUCGAAGCUGGAAACCGGAUCGGCGGUUGCCUUCAAUGCAAUAUUGAAUCGCGAAGGUAAGCCCAACGUGCUUGAUGCCGAGCCUUGUGACGACUUGUGGGAACCUACUCCUGGCGACCUUUCGCAGGCAGUCGUCGUGGAACGAGCUCGAGAAGGGCUGAAGCCUGUCAGCACGGGUGAAGUUUGUACUGGAUACAUCAAGUCCUUCAACCCUGGCAACAACUAUGGUUUCAUAGCCAGCGAGCAGGUGAAAGCCUCGUACGGUUGUGACGUCUUCAUGCACGGCAGGGAGUUCACGCCCAACAAUUUCAGGGUUGGAGACGCAGUCGUUUUUGAGGCGGCCCAAGUGAUCCAGAAGUUUUUCACAUCUGCAUACUACUCAAACGACUCAGUGACUGUGUGCCAGCUGCCUUGCAAGAUGGAACUUGGCCGCCAUGUCAUCCAUCUUUGCUGGAAGGUUGGUUUGAACCCAGCCGGAAAGCCACAGGCUGUCAACGUGCCCUGGCGCGGGGCUAAGUCGCAGUUUGAGCGCAGCACCUUCAGCGUUUCAGUUUUCAUGGAAGCUUGUGGACAUUCAAGAAAGGCAUGUUCGACAGACAACGCUUGGUGCCAAGAUGGAAUGAAGUUCAUUGCCGGUGAAUUGGAGUGGCUAGUUGCAAAGAACCAAGAGAUCGAGGCUGCUGUCAAUGACAUGCUGGGCUCGAUCGUUGCGUUUCCUCUGGCUCCGCACGUGCGUGGAAUCUCAGAGAGCGAGAUCAUCAAGGUGAAGGCUCACUACAAUUGGAGCAUGUAUCAGUCGCUGCUUGCAGCCACAAAGCGGUCUCUGCACAAGGUGAAGGAGCGUCUGUCUGCUCGUCCGUUGGCAGAUGGCUCCACCCCGCCAGCGUUCUUUGAGGUGGAGCUGCAGCUGGAUGGUCUGGGCGUGUGCCUGCAGCCAUCGAUUGAGGACAUCCAAAGUGCCAUUAAUGGUGGCGCUGUAGCAGUAUUGAAGUGCUCCAAGAUGAUCGAGGCCUGGGAUACCGUGACAAUCCCCAGGAACGUGCAGUUGUUGCUGAACCCGAAUUUGCCGCCCGUCCGUGGCACAGGGUCCCAAGGAACCUUCUAUGACCGCGUCGCUCAGGACAAGGAGAUCCUGAAGGUCGUGCUCCUCCUUACUGGCAGCAUACAAACUGCCCGGAAUGGGAAAAAUGAGUACCUGAAACAGUUUGAACGUUGGAGCUGGCUGUGGAACUGCGACAUCGAUGAGGAGUAUCAAAAAUUUCGCGCUGCAGAGCCGACUCUGGAUGAGUUCGAGGCAAAACUUCGCUCUUUUGCUCGUCUCGAUGAUGAGUUUCAGCUCAUGGAGCCUCGGAGGCAGAUCUCUGCAUUGUCGCUCCAAGCAGGCAGCCUGGCCCGGAGCUUGCGAGAGCUGGCUGGACGCUGGAAGGAGUCAUUCGCGCGCGAGCUGCACACCCAGGCGUUCCACCGCUUGGAGGCUUUAAGCGAAGUCAUCAAGUCCACCAUGAAGAAGCUCAGCCGAGAGGUGGCAGAUGGUGACAUUGAUGCCUUGGGCCACGUGAUGCGCACGCUGCGAGAGGUGAGGGAAAAGCAAGGGGAGAUCGAACUGGAGCUGGAACCGGUGGCCCAAAUGUAUGCCAUGCUGGACUCUUACCUUCCGAACAUUCUUGACAAAGAGGUUGCUUAUGCUGACCAGUUGAUAGGUUGCCAGGUGUCGUGUGUACUGGAGAUGCAGACAGCCCUUUUCAUGGACAGCUUCAGUUUGCUAAGGUGCAUUUUGCGGAUUCCUUCCUUUGUGAUACCCAAACGGGCCUUUGUGGUGCCGAAGGAUGGAGACAUCUCCCGAGCCGAGGCCUUGCGCUUCUUGCCAGUUCUGGCGGUGAGUGGCUUUGCAGCUCCAAGCCACGCAGAGAAAGGAACGACGACCGCCUGGAAAACGACUCCGGCAGGAGAUGACGAUGACAUCCACACGGGUGGGGUCGAGUGGGAAGAUGAGAAGGUUGGCACUGGUGCAACGCCCCAGAUUGGCGACCAGAUUGGCAUACAGUAUCAGAUCAAAGCAUUCGUUCGCGAGAGGGAGAUCAUUGUGGAAGACACCAAGGGCAAGGCAAGGGAUUUCAGGUUUGGAGUAGGGCAGAUGCUGCCGGGCAUGGAUGAGGGCAUUCGCGGCAUGAAGACAGGAGGUGUUCGAAAGAUGCGGAUUCCCGGAAACCUGGCCUUCGGAGACAAAGGUUUGCCCUCGGCUCCGGGGCGGCCGGCCUUGCCACCAUACUCACCCGUGGAAGCCACAGUGACCCUAGACUUUAUCCCGGGCUCCGAUGCUGUCUACGACUAUGGUGAGUCAGAUGCCUGA